UGACAGUAAUUUUGUUGUUUCUAAGUUCAAUACUAUCUCUAUCUUCAGGUAUAUGGACGGUACUUUGUCGACAACCUUUUACACAACUAUAUUCUAUCAAUGCCCUUGUUUGCAAGGACGACUGCAGCAAACAGGUUCCCAUGGUAUACAUACUUAUGUCCUGACGAAAGGCCUGUGAUUACCAAAAGGUACUCGAGGAAAUCAUCAAUAUGUUGCCCACGGUACCAAGAGUCAAGCGUAUAGUUCUUGAUUUUGAGAAGUCUGCCUGGAAAGCCCUUUCCAGGGUUUUACCAACAGUCAAGCUAUCCGGUUGUUCCUUUCAUUGGAGCAAAGCUGUUUGGAGAAAGAUCCAGUAUUUAGGACUCCAGGCAGCAUACCAUGAGGACAGAGCAGCCCAGACGUUCCUGAGAAAUGUUAUGGCUUUGCCAUACAUCCCGGCAGACGACAUUGAAGAGAUGUUCAACCGGCUUCACGAACAGGCAAACCAGAACGAUUCCCUGUUAAACCUGCUCCAGUAUGUCCGUAAAACCUGGAUCUACGCGAAUAGAUGGGAUCCCACCACUUGGUCUGCUUACAGAAGGAAUAUUCGCACUAACAACGACAUUGAGGGAUGGCACAACAGAAUUAACCAAACAAGCCUCAAACAGACAUCAGCUCCAAUUCUACGAUCUCGUAAGACUACUACACAAGGAAGCCAAGACCGUAGAUCUUCAAGUCGAACUUGUUAGUCAGAGAAAAUUGACCAGAAUUCAACGGAAACAAUAUUUAGAACUUCAAUCGCAUAUUAUUAGGCUCUGGGAUCGAUUUGACAAUGACGAAAUCGAUGUAUAUAGAUUACUUACUGAAUGUUCAACUUUAGCCGUACCU